AGUGGAGCACGGUCAGGUCAUCAUCUCUCCACCAGCUCUUCUGUCUCCAUCGGCAGUGAUUCUUCCAACUUAAAAUCAACGCCGAUGAGCGGACAAUCAGUGGAGGUGUGGCCCGACCAGUGCAGCCAGACCUCUCCGCGCGCCAACAUGCUCGGCAAGCAGAAGAGGGUCGUUGCAGGCAGCAGCACAUCUCCUGACACUGCGCCGUCGUCUAAUGGUGAUGCACUUGGUCCCGCUCCCCAACAACACCAUCUGCGUAGCCCAGGUCUGGCGUACGCGUCGCCCGAGUCGCCGCUGUCCAAGAUGGAGGUGGCGUGGAGCAUGCCGCCGCACCCCCGCCCCCAGCACCCCCACCAGCCCUUCCACAUCCCGCCGCAGGAGAGAUUACUUCCGAUCGGCCCGAAGCCAAAUAAGGAACAGUAUCCUGUGUUUAACGCACUCGUAGACAGAGUUCGAGAGGCACUGAGUUUGCCUCAAGAUGACUCAACGGAUAGAACAGACUCGAGUCGUUCUGAGAACGAGCCCACUCCUAUGCCCACGCCUACCAGCCGCCCGCUGGAGUUGGCCAAAAAACUUUCGUCCGAUAGUAACAG